AGCUGGCAACCGGGUACCAAACAGCCCCGUGUCACAUGAGAGGCCGGGCCGGAGUCACAGUGGCCCGGGAUACUAUUCUUAGCAGCAGGAAUGUACACAGUGGCCUCAUGGCGAUCUCCGCAGUGCCUAACUGGAAAGCCUUGUCGUUUCUCGGUGUCAUGCUCCUUUCUUGACUGACUGACCGUUUUCCCUCUGGAUAAUGAUUUAACUCUCUUCCUUGUGUUUGAUCUUCUUUUUUGUUUUGACCAGACUGUCAAGAGAAGCUGGACUUUGUUUAUUGUCUGAGGGCGGAGAAUGGCCAGUAAACCACGAGAAGUUUUCUCCUUCAAAGACUGUGAGCUUCCAUCCCUCCUGCUCGCUCAGCUCAACGUCCUGCGUCAGGAGCGCAUCCUGACGGACGUCCUGCUCUGCACCGAGGAGCUGGAGGUCCCCUGCCACCGGAGCGUCCUGGUGUCCAGCAGUCCCUACUUCCGCGCCAUGUUCUGCAGCAACUUCCUGGAGAGCAGCCAGGCCCGGGUCAACCUGAAGGGGAUUUCCUCAGACGUGCUCGUGGGCAUCGUGGACUACGUCUACACGGGCUGCGUCGCCAUCAACAUGGAGAACGUGCUUCCGCUCAUGCAGGCGGCGUCCAUGCUGCACUACGGCAGGCUCUUUGAGGCCUGUUCCGCCUUCCUCCAGGAGCAGCUGAGCCCGGAGAACUGCCUGAGCAUGAUCCGGCUGUCCGAGAUCCUUCACUGCGAGAGCUUGAGGGAGAAAGCCCGGGAGAUGGCGGUGAGGUGCUUCUCGGACGUGGCUGCGACGGAAGACUUCUGCGAGCUCUCUCUUCCGGAGCUCAUGUGCUACCUGGAGGACGACCGGCUGUGCGCGGAGGAGGAGCAGGUGUUCGAGACCCUCCUGGCGUGGAUCCACCACGACCCCUUCUCGCGGCGCGGCGCCAUCCACGACCUCUUCAAGAAGGUCCGCCUGCGCUACAUCCACCCGACUUACCUCUUCCAGUUCAUCGCCAACGACCCGCUGGUGCAGUCCUCCACCCUCUGCACCGAAAUCAUCGACUCGGUCCGCCGCCUCAUGCUCACCGUCAGCACCAAGUGCAGCCGGGAGCUGAGGCCGCUCUGGACCACGCCCAGGCGCUACACCUGCAGGGAGACGCUGGUGGUCGUCGGAGGACGCAAAAACAACGAGCAGACCUCGAGGGAGGCUUUGCUGUACGACGAGAGGACUCACCGCUGGCAGUGGCUCGCCAAGCUCCCGCUGCGCCUCUACAAAGCGGCGUACGUCUGCAUUCACAGCAUCCUGUAUGUGCUGGGCGGACUCAGCCUCUGCACGUCUGCCAGCGACAACACGGUCAGCGCCACGGUGUACACGCUCUCCCUCAAAACCAACCAGUGGAGGACGGCCGAGCCCAUGCUGGCGCCGCGGUACGCCCACCAGAGCGUGUCCUACCUGCACUUCAUCUUUGUGCUGGGAGGCAUCGGCACGGACAAGCGGAUCUCACAGUCGGUGGAGAGGUACAACAGCAUGUUCAAUCAGUGGGAGGCCAUGGCGCCCAUGCCCACCGCAGCGCUUCAUCCGGCCGUCGCGGCCAGCGACCAGAGGAUCUACGUUUUUGGGGGAGAAGACGCCAUGCAGAACCCCGUCAGGCUGAUUCAGGUCUAUCACAUCUCUCGAAACCUGUGGUCCAGGCUGGAGACCAGAACAGUGAAAAACGUUUGUGCCCCGGCUGCUGUCAUCGAGGAUAAAAUCUACAUCAUAGGAGGGUACACCAGACGCAUGAUUGCCUACGACACGAAGGCCAACAAAUUUGUGAAGUGCGAGAACCUGAAGGAGCGGAGGAUGCACCACAGCGCCACGGUCGUCAACAACAAGCUGUACGUCACUGGCGGACGCGUCCUCAACGGCCACGACGUGAUCGAGGACUCGGACUGCUUCGAGUGCUACGACCCAAAAACGGACGUCUGGACCUCCAGAGGCUCUUUGCCCUACAAGCUGUUUGACCACGGCUCCCUGCCUCUGGUCUGCGUGUCCAACAGACCCAACCCGCCAUGACCCGCCGACCGGCCGGCGUCUCAUCUUUGCAGUGAUUUAUUGGCUUGUGAUUACACCAAUAGGAAAUCAUUUCAGACAAGAGUGUGACACAGCUCCGUCUCGGCGGCGCGUUGGAGCAGGCGGACGUUCGCCUGAAUCGAAGACGUGUCAUUUCUGCGGCGCUCGGGGUCGAACCAGCGACGACUUGGAGGCGGUGGCGCUCGCACAACAAGCAGCUGGUCACGCACACAUGCAGAAAGCUCCUUCUGCAGAUGGCUGCGCUCGCUGGGCCUGACUCGGAGAGUUAAUGCUUUUAUCCCUGAUACACUCACACAGGUUUGCUGCAGUUACUGUUUCUGUAAACAAUCAAACACAUGGGGAAUUUUAUGAAUAUGGCCGCAAGUUAACCCCCUGAGCUCUGCCUGGGUUGGAAAACUGUGAAUGACACAUGGCUGAUGAUUUGCACUUUACAGAUAAUAAAGAAUACAUUCCUACUAGAAGCACAUGUGUUGAUGAGAACAGUUAUGGCAGAACACGAGAA